CUCGGAAAGUUACUUCAGACGAAGGGUCUACCAUUUUCACUUCUCUCUGACUAACACAAAGGUAGUACAGUUCCUGUUCUGAUAUUUUGUUGAUUGAUGUCAUUUUAAAAUUAAGAGUUCAUAGUUAUAUUGGACGUGGAGGUGGUGAUAUUGAAUAUAAUACAUUUGUCGAUUUAGCAGAGGUACAGUAGAUCUAAAGCCUGCUUCUAACACUUUCUUUUUCACCCUUGUUCAGAUGUUCAUGAAGAUUGUCUUGAAUAUGAGGUUUCCGUUCCUGAGUCACUUCUGUUGUGCUGUUGCCGUUUUGAAGGUGCUGGGGACGGCAUGAUGAGGACUUUAGUGACAGUCAUGGUCCUACUGUGCUUUGGGACCUGCAUGGAAUUGAGGAAAACUCUCCAUGUCUUACAGGGGGAUACAGUGGUUCUCGACUGCAAUAAUCCUAAAAGCUCUGAUUCCGUAGAAGUCAAUUGGACACUCAGCAGAAAUGAGUCUUCAAAUACUGAAGUGCUCAUACACGUAUCUAUAACACCUAAACAAGGGAGACGCCGUCACACAAUUAAAAUUGAUGAUGACAGAAGGAAAAUGUUAGAAAAUGGGUUGUUGGUUAUCCACAACUUUGAUAAAAAGGAUGAGGGAACCUAUGUCUGUGAAGUAUGCUCAAGUGCAUCACGGUGCACGCGUGCCACGUCUACAUGUAUUUUAGUUCAAACAGAGAAAAGGCCUUUUGUGGUGGUCAGUGAGAGAGGCAAUAUCACUGUCUCUCCCAAACCAAAGGUACCAAAUGGUCAUCUCAACCGCACAGUUGCAGUGAGUGUCAACACAAGAAAUAUCACAGACUUGAGGACAAACAACACAGCCCAUGUUAACAAGUCAGACGCAGCAUUGAAGCCGAGCAGUUUCCAUAUUGUGCUAUCGGUGUGGCUGUGUCUAGCUGCGGUCGCCAUGUGCUGUUUGGUGACUCUAGUUGCAUAUCAUAGAAGAAGACGAAGGGAAGCAACAAACACUGGUGACCCCAAAGAUGACCGUCGUGUGUAUUCCCGCCUAGAGCCUGAGUUGCUGUACGCAUCAGUUGGCCUAUCUCUGCCAAGAUCUGAUGGGAGUGUAUUGAGAUCUUCGUAUGAGUGUGUGUAUAGUGACAUCAAAGUGCAAAGUGAAAGAAGUUGUGAAUGAUUUUUCUUUGGCGUACUGCAUACUUCGUUAAUGCAUGAUGUUUAUUGCCAUGUUUUAUGUGGUAGUUAUUAACUGUGAAUGAACUGUAAUGUAAUGUAAUGUAACUGAAAUACAUACAGAUGUUUCUGCGAGACUAUAGCCUAUGUUUCCGUAGAAUAAUGAACAAAAACAAUCUAACAUUUUGUUGUAAAAAUGUUUUGUAUGUAUGGUA